UUAUGCCCCACCUCCCACCCCAGCUCCCGCAACACAAAUGCCCAGCACACCGGGGUUUGUGGGAUACAAUCCAUACAGCCAUCUGGCGUACAACAACUACAGGCUGGGAGGGAACCCGGGCACCAACAGCCGGGUCACGGCUUCCUCUGGCAUCACCAUCCCCAAACCCCCGAAGCCUCCAGAUAAGCCCCUGAUGCCCUACAUGAGAUACAGCCGGAAGGUCUGGGACCAGGUGAAGGCCUCCAACCCCGACCUGAAGUUAUGGGAGAUCGGCAAGAUCAUCGGGGGGAUGUGGCGAGACCUCACUGAUGAAGAGAAACAGGAAUAUCUGAAUGAAUAUGAAGCAGAAAAGAUCGAGUACAACGAGUCAAUGAAGGCCUAUCACAAUUCCCCGGCUUACCUCGCCUACAUCAACGCCAAGAGCCGGGCCGAGGCGGCGCUGGAGGAGGAAAGUCGACAGAGGCAGUCGCGCAUGGAGAAAGGAGAGCCCUACAUGAGCAUCCAGCCGGCAGAAGAUCCCGACGAUUACGACGACGGCUUCUCGAUGAAGCACACGGCCACGGCCCGUUUCCAGAGAAACCACCGGCUGAUCAGUGAAAUUCUGAGCGAGAGCGUGGUGCCGGACGUGCGGUCGGUGGUCACGACAGCCAGGAUGCAGGUCCUCAAACGCCAAGUCCAGUCCUUGAUGGUCCACCAGCGAAAGCUAGAGGCCGAGCUCCUGCAGAUCGAAGAGCGUCACCAGGAAAAGAAGCGCAAGUUCUUGGAAAGCACCGAUUCAUUCAACAACGAACUGAAGAGGCUGUGCGGCCUGAAGGUGGAGGUGGACAUGGAGAAGAUCGCGGCCGAGAUCGCCCAGGCGGAGGAACAGGCCCGCAAGCGGCAGGAGGAGAGGGAGAAGGAGGCGACGGAGCCCGCGGAGCGCGGCCAGGGCGGGACGGCGGCCUCGGCCGCGGAGGAGGAGCGGGCCGCCGACGGGGCCGACGACAAGAAGGAGGAAGACGGCGCUCCCAUGGAGACAGAGGACCCGCCCCCCGAGGAGGCAGCGGAAAGCCAGCAGAACGGCGAGGAGGGCGCGGGCAGCCCCGAGGAGAAAGAGAGCGGGCAGGAGGGAGCGGACAGCGCGGCCGAGGAGGGCACCAGCGACAGCAACACGGGCUCCGAGAGCGCCAGUGCCACGGCGGAGGAGCCCCCGGCGGACCCGGCCCCCGACGACGGCGAGAAGAAAGAAUAGACGGCGUCCCUCCCCUCCCCUCCCCGCCCCUGGGUUCGAAUCCUUUUUAAUGAAAUCCCGACACCGAGUUGCGCGUUGGCGCUGGCUCCAUCCGUGGGGAGCCCCAACCAACUAGAAACAAUACGCUUCCGAGGCCGAAGGCUGAAUGACCGCUUCUUUGGUUUCGGGCCGAUUUCAACCUUCCCGGCCCGCAGGGCCCUGGCGACUAGGGGGGGGGGAAGUCAGGUGCCACGGGGGGGCUGCUCCUGGCCGGGCCCCUUCGCUUUCCAGCCGGGAUAGGAUCCCACUCCGGCUCGGUGCCCGGAAGGGGAUCGGUUGCUUCCUGAGGAGGGUCGGGUGGGCUUUGGGUACAGAUUCGCACCGCCCAGAGGAUGAGGAAGACUGUAAGCUCCUUGGGGGCAGCGACUGUGGCCACCGACUCUGUUGUAUUGUCCUCUCCCAAGCCCUUAGUUGAGUGCCGCGCGCACAGCACAGGGAAUGUGCCCGCCAACCGUGUCGUACUCUCCUAAGGGCUCUGCACACAGUAAGAACUCAAUAAAUACCAUUGACAGA